AUGGAAAAGAAAUGGUUCUAUGGGUCUAGGCCAGAAAAUCUGAAGGAUUAUGAUAUUACCCUCAAGGAAUUAUUCCCUAAAGUUCAACCAAACAAGGCUACCGGACCAGUUGCCAUACCAGCACGUUUUGUGAAGGAACUGGCAGAGGAGAUUACAUCGGCAUUGACUUUUUUCCAUAUGUCUCUUAAUGGUGGAAGUGUGCCAGAUGACUGGAAGAUGGCUCAUGUCGUCCCUAUUUUCAAGAAAGGCGACAAGAGUUCGGCGGCUAAAUACCGUCCUGUAUCACUAACGGCAAUUUGCUUCAAGAUCUUGGAACACAUUUUGCAUUCCAAUAUCUUGGACCAGUUUGAAAGGAAUUUUAUCCUAACACCAAUAAAGACGGAUUUCGUAGUAAGCGAUCAUUUGAGACUCAAAUUAAUUCCACAGUAA